AUAAAAGGUGGCAUCCCUGAUAAUAUUACAAUGGCGUUUGUGUGUGCAGUAGUAAUUUUAUAUAUAGUUUUUAAUCAAUUUAAUAACUUACCUCUAUAAUAAAAUCACAAAAUAUUCCUUGAGCGUGUGUUACAUUAGGAAGCUUCUAAUAGAUAGUAAUUAUUAAAAUAGUUCGUUAAACAUAUAUACCGAUAUAAGUUGGGUUAUGUUAAAUUACCUCAUGCCUUUGUUAUUCAAAAAAAAUUAACCAAAGUCAUGGCAGAAAACAAUACAAAUAAUACCAGUAACACCUCUGUGAUGAGCGAGAUAUCCUCCAUAAUUCGCAAAUGGGAAGACGAACAUAGUCAGCCCAAUUAUGAUCCAAUACCAACACUUACCAGGUUGGCUGAGAUAGUAGAAGUGGAAACAGAAAACUACCUCAAAAUGGAUCCAGAUCCUUUUGAUGAACGACAUCCGUCAAGAACGGAUCCACAAUGCAUUCUUGGGCAAAUUUUGAAAGCUCUAUUCAAAAAGGACAAUUUCACUAAUAAACUUAUAAAUGAUUACUUGAGGGAUACAUAUUACUCACGAAUGGGUAUCAUUGGAAAAGAUUCUGACCAGUUAAACAUUGCUGCGUGUCGUUUGAUGCUGGAUAUCAUGCCUGGAUUAGAUACCACAGUAGUAUUUCAGCCAGAAGCAGACAGCUUGAUUCUGCGCCUGAUAAAAUGGGUAACGAGCUCCAUAGAGCCCCUACAGAGUUACGCAACAGGACUCCUGGGUGCUGCCAUGGAAAUACCGGAAAUUGCCACAAAAUUCAGAGAACAAAACAGUAAACUGAUACCCCUUCUCCUACAGAGGAUAAGGAGACUGAAAAAUUCCUCAGAAUUUGUCAACUAUCCCAGUUUUUCCAGACCCUUCGCACAUUUAUCUUCGAUGAGGUCUCCUCCAUAUAGGGGGGAUGGCAUUAUCAAAUCCCCACCUCCUGUCAUAAGAAGAGACCGAGAAAAUGGCAUUGUGUUCCAGUCCGAUAGUGGAAGUGAACAGAGUCCUUCAACAACAUCCUUUGGUGAAGGAAAAGAAAAUGAAAGGCUAGCAAAACGCAAGAAGUCAGUUGAAGCUCAGUCUCCCUCGAAACAUAUGGAAAAUUCAGAACUUGUUACAGAUUCUGAGAACCCACCUUCAAGAAAACGCCCGCGAAUUGAAGGCAGUCCUAUACCGGAUCCUGUUUACCUUGGCAGUCCUCAUAAAGCUAGUGGAAUAUUUUCGGAAACCAGCAACUCGUCAUGGGCAGAAUUGGAAAGCUUCAUGAUAGGGACUGUUCAAAUUUUUCCUCCAACUAUCGCUACCAGGCAGAUUUUAAUACUCAGAUAUUUGACAGCUAUGGGAGAUUAUCAGGAAUUCUUGAGUCAUGUUUUCGAACAGGGAGCUCUAGAAUUGAUUUUGUGUUAUGUCAACGUUAGGGUUACCAAAGAAGCUAGGUUAGCUUUUGAGGCUUUGAAAUACUUAGCAGCUUUACUAUGCCACAAAAAAUUCUCCAUAGAAUUUAUUCAGUGUAAAGGAUUAGAGGCCUUGCUGGAAGUUCCAAGGCCCUCUAUAGCUGCCACUGGUGUUUCUAUUUGCCUGUACUACCUUGGCUAUUGCGAAGAAGCCAUGGAAAGAGUUUGCUUGCUGCCUAAAUAUGUUGUCAGCAACCUAGUCAAAUAUGCUCUGUGGCUUCUUGAGUGCUCACAUGAUUCUGGAAGAUGCCAAGCAAUAAUGUUCUUUGGAUUGACGUUUCAGUUCAAAGUAAUUUUGGAAGAAUUCGAUUCUCAAGAUGGUCUCAGAAAAUUACAUAAUGUGAUAGCAACACUACCAAUAUUGUUGCAAGAUGCCGACACAGGUCAGUUGAAUGAAGAACAAGAAGGAGCCUACCGCCAGAUAGUGAGACACGUUUGUGUUGCAUAUCGUCGUUACUUGGAAGCUCAUCUUUUCGUGAAAGUAGAGUUGAUAAGGAGGUCUCAGCUGAGGCCUAACGAAAGACCCGCACCACCUUUACCAUCUCAACCAUCUUACAAAGCAUGUAAAUCAUCACCUGAAGAGAUCCAACAGCAGAUCGACAUGUUAUUUCAAAAUAUGCCGUACAGGAGUCACUGGGCUCCAAUCGACCAGCUUCUCAAACUCGGCGGCAUAACUCUUCUCUUGAAGAUAAUAGCUUUUGCCUACGAAUGGAACUACAGUGGUAGAGCUGAAACUGUUAGGAGUGCAUUGGAUGUACUCGCCAUAGCUUGUGUUAUGCCCAAAGUUCAGCUUUUGUUUUGCGAUAGAGUUGACUUACCGGAAGAGACAUUGACAGUUGGAUUGAAUAUAAUACUUGGUGCAGCUGAAGGAGAAAUAGUUGCUGAUGCUGAUGUUCAGAAAGCUGCGUUACGAGUGAUAGGCAACUGCGUUUGUGCUCCUAUCACAAGGGUCGGUGGUUCGGUCGCGAGAUUUUCCGCAUCGGCUACCAACUCUCCCAACAAAAAAAUGAAGUAUAAGAGCUCUGAAGACCUCAUUCAAAAGGUGUGGGACUGUGUGAGGUCAAACAGUGGGAUCAUGGUGUUGUUACAGCUCAUGCAGGUCAAGACACCCAUCACGGAUGCAGACUGUAUCAGGACACUCGCUUGCAAAGCUCUUGCUGGUCUAGCCAGAUCAGAAACGGUGAGGCAGAUUGUCUCUAAGUUGCCGCUAUUCACCAGCGGUCAGUUACAGAACCUGAUGCGAGAUCCAAUAUUACAAGAAAAAAGACAAGAACACGUUUUGUUCCAAAAAUAUGCUUUGGAACUUCUGGAACUCCUCUCUGGCAAAGGCAAACAUACUGAUACUAAUUUGGAGGCAUCUUUGGCAAAUAUUCACAGGGCUAAUGUUGUUGCCCAAACCAAAAUACAGUUCAACGAUAGGCAACUAUUGCAACUGAUGCACCAACAUUUAGUACAAAAAGGCUUCACGGAGACAGCUGGAGUAUUAGUGAAGGAGGCAAAUCUCAGUAACGCUAUAACUUCGGUCAGCUCCCAACACCCUACCAAGUUCAAAUACUCUUCCACACUGACACCUUCCAGGGUUAGGUUAUCCUUUUCAGCGCCAAACAUUCACAGGCCAAUGCCUCCAAUUGCUACACCUGAUAACACUUCGAGCGUGACCAAUGGAACUGCUUCAUCUACUACAACAACAAGUACAACACCGGGAAUCAAAAUCAUAAAAAAACACCAACCUCCUCCAGUGACGCCUUCCCAAAGUGCCUCUCGUCUUCAGAAACAAAUCAGCGGAGAACCGCACGUCUGGGUAGGACACGAAGAUUCCUCAGUUUGUCCAGAGCAGCCCAGAGUCACACUAGAUUCUAUUAUAACUGAAUACCUUACUAACCAGCACGCCCUGUGUAAAAACCCUAUGGCAACGUGUCCCCAAUUCAAUCUCUUCAUGCCACAUAAAUGUCCAGAUCCAAAACCAAGAAUAACAACGGCCAAUAACUAUGUCUUGAGGUGCGCAAGAAGACAAUUGGGUUACCAGUCGAAAAUAAUGGACAGAAGGUUUGUCCAUUCUAGGUUCUGUCCCAUACAAACAAUAAGACUUCAGAAUGAUGAAGGAUUUUUUACUUGUGCCAAAUUCAUGCCUGGAGAUAAGACUCUGGUUGUGGGAGACUAUAAUGGUGAAAUCCAUUUGUUCAAUUUGCACAAAGGCAAUGAGAUCAAUAUGUUCACAGCCCACGACAACUACAUAGUCCACGUAGAACCAAGUAGAACCGGAGACUUUAUGUUGACGAGUUCAACAUGGGGAAAACCUGUUUCCGCCAUGUGGGAUAUGAAGACCUUUGAAAUGAAGAUGUCUUUCGAUGAUGAGGAACACGUAGAAUUUGCCAAGGUAACACAGGAGAAAGUUAUUGGAACCAAAGGAGAAAUUGCUGUGAUAUAUGAUGUGAACACGAAGCAAGCAACACACACCUUGACUCCCAGAAUAAGCAACCAAUACACGAAAAACAAAGCAACAUUCAGUUACAAUGACGAGUUGGUACUUUCGGAUGGUGUGCUGUUCGACGUCAACUCAGGUCAGUCGAUCCACAAGCUUGACAAGCUGAACCAGACGCAGAGCGGCGUUUUCCAUCCAAACGGACUUGAGAUUGUCUCUAACACUGAAGUGUGGGACAUCCGAACAUUCCACUUGCUGAAGACUGUCCCGGCACUAAACCAAUGUUCCGUUAUGUUCUCUCCUGUUAAUACAGCCAUUUAUGCGAUUUCCAUGGAACAAGAAAUGGAUGAUGGCGAUUCUACAUUUGAUUCUAGUUUCAAGACUGUUGAUGCUAUUGACUAUUCCAGUAUAGCUACAAUCGAUGUCAAGAAGAGUAUCUAUGAUCUUGCCAUUGAUGGCUUUGACACCCAAAUAGCCAUAGUGGAAAACCAAGGAAUGUACAGCUCCGUGCAAGAAUCCGUCGUUCGCGUCUAUGAUGUCGGACGAAGAAGAGACGAUGAGGAUGAACAGGAAGAAGAAGAGGAAGAGGACGACAUGGACGGAAGUGAUGAUGAUAAUUCAGACAACGAUGAUGGCGACAACAAUGAUAACAAUGACAACAAUGAUGAUGACAAUGAUGAUGAUGGAGAUGAUAAUGGUAGUGAAUCUGAAACCUGGACCAGUCUAUCAAGUGGAAACGACAGCUCAAUCGGUACGGAUUCCUUGCUGGGAGACCUUCUGUUCGAAUACUGAGAUUCUGAAAUGGAAUUUUUGCAGCGAAUCCAAAAGAAAGGGCAUUUUAAAUAAGUGUGGUGUUUAAACGUUGAUACUAGGAAUUUGUGAGCUACUGAUGUGACUGAGUUUUUAAAGAAUGGUUCGUAACUAAAAGUUAUGAAGUUUUAUAUUGUGUAGGCUAUUGAAGCUUAAAAUUUCUGGGACUUUGUACAUAGUGCUAAUUUUAAGGGUUGAACUGUGAAGAAAGAACAAGUUAUUCGUAAUAUAGUUUUGACAGCGAAUAAAUUAUUUAUAAUAUA